AGACACUUACCAGCACAGAAGACCAAGUAAAACCCCAAAGUAACUAUAUACUUCAAUAAACCCCAUAGAAGGAAGGACUUUGAUGUGGAGGAAAAUUGCGGAAUAAAUAAGUAAAAAAGGCUAAGAGACAUAGUAGACCUCAUGAGUCUUUCCUCCCUGCUGCAAUCCUGUAUUCAACAGACCAAGGAGACUUUGAUCAGUAUGGUGGAUAUAGACGGACAAGGCCACAGGUUGGUGCACCUGGAUUUAAAAGGAGCACCACCAAGGAUAAAUUAUUAUGAACAGUUGUUUCCGCUCAUUAGAAGCUUUGGAGCCACUGGUUUGCUAAUUGAAUAUGAAGAUAUGUUUCCGUAUCAUGGCAAGCUAAAGCACUUACAGGCUCAAAAUGCAUACACACACAGAUGA